AUGGCGUCCGAUGGUUGUACGGGCUGGCGGCUUUCACGAGUCUGGCAACGACCGCCGGCCGGACUGCUGGUUCACGUCUACGUUUUCAACUACACGAACCUACCGGAUUUCGAGAGCGGGAACGCGAGCAAACUUCGAGUGGAAGAAGUCGGUCCGUUCGUCUAUCGGGAAACUUUGAAUCGAGUGAACGUCGAACUGCACGAGAACGGAACGGUCACGUAUCAAGAGAAGAGAAGCUUUCAGUGGAUUGCCGGAGAAUCGGAGGACAAGAUUGUCACCGUGCCGAAUGUGUUACUGAUGUCAGCGAUCGCCGUUUCUCGCAACCUGCACUUUAGUCUGCACAUAUUGUUGACCGUGUUUUUGACGAGUCUACAGUCGAAAACAUUCAUCGAUUUGCCUGUCAGAGACUAUCUGUGGGGUUACGAGGACCAACUGUUUCGUACGGCUAAACCUUUCGCCUCGCUCAAGCAUAAUCUUCCCUUCGAUAAAUUUGGAAUUUUCGCAACCAGGAACGGCCUGAACGAGGAUCGUAUCACGAUGCACACAGGAACCGACGACAUGAAAAAGAUCGGACUGAUAGAACGAGUGAACGGCGCAGAGGUUCGGAAGAUCUGGGGAGACGAAAGAUGCGACAAAGUGUACGGCACCGAUGGCAGCAUGUUUCCACCGCACUGGAUCGAACGACCAAACGACGCGCCGCUUUACGUCUACGCGAAGGACGUCUGCCGGCAAAUGCCCUUUCGUUACGAACGUCGAGACUUUUCCAACGGUAUUCCAACUUUCAGGUACAAAAUACCGAGCAACCUUUUUACGUGGACUAGCAACAAUGACUCCUGUUUUUGCCCGAAGGAAUCGAACGAUUCGAUCUCCAGAAGAUGCCCACCGACUGGAAUAUUCAACGUUUCCACUUGCAAAUUCGACACUCCGUUGCUAGUUUCCUUUCCCCACUUUUACUCCGGCGACGAGUCACUGUUUCAGAGAAUCGAUGGAUUGACGCCUAGACUGGAGCAUCAGGAAAACUACAUCGAUCUCCAUCAGAGAUUGGGCAUCACGGUGGCCACAAGAAUGAAAUUUCAGUUAAAUUUACAAGUGCACAAAGUAGCCGGAUUACCGUUCACGGGUGAGUUGGGAGACGGUUUGAUCUUGCCAUUGGUAUGGUUCGAUUCUCAAGUGGACGACCUACCUCAAUCCGUGCAACAAGUUUUGCAGAGAGGCCACUAUCUCGUCAACGCCGUCGAAGCUGGAUUCCAGUGGUGCAGUCUGGUUGGUCUUGUCCUUUCGUUCGGUGCUUUAGUCGCCGCGUUCAAGAAGGACGAGCGAAUCGACGUGAAACUCGAUUCACCGCGAAAUCAGAAAACAAACCAGGUAGAGGACGCCGUUGGAACGUGA